ACCCUUUCCUUUUUUUAUACCCAUCACUUUGCCCUAAUUAAAUGUGCGCGCUAAUGCGUUAAACGGUUUCUGCAAUUUGCCUUUGAGCCGAAAACUUUGAGAGUGGGUGUGUGUGUACUGAUGGUGUGUGUGUGCGUGUGUGUGUGAACGUAUAUAUGGUCCUGUGGAAAUUACAUUUAUAAUUACGCUUAAUCCGUCGAUUACUCUCAUCGCAAACAGCGGAACCAAAGACUCACCGCAACGUUCACUGACCGCACUUUCGGUGUUUUGUCAGAUCGAACAGAGGCCAAAACCGGAUAAGACACGCUUUCCCAAUUACCUGUCAACGUUACCGCUUCCGUUGGGUAAUCGAAGGCAUCGAAGGAUAAGCACCAGCCGGACCAGAGGCAUUAUCACAAGGAUAACACCGAAUCAGCAUCCUUCGCCAUGGGCAAGAAGAACUCGAAAUUGAAGCAGGACACCAUCGAUCGCCUGACAACAGACACAUACUUCACCGAAAAGGAAAUUCGUCAAUGGCACAAAGGCUUUCUCAAAGACUGUCCCAAUGGUCUGCUGACCGAGCAAGGCUUCAUCAAAAUCUACAAGCAAUUCUUCCCCGACGGAGAUCCCAGUAAAUUUGCAUCCCUGGUCUUUCGUGUCUUCGAUGAGAAUAAUGACGGCGCCAUUGAGUUCGAGGAGUUCAUUCGAGCUUUGUCCAUAACAUCGCGGGGAAAUCUGGACGAGAAGUUGCAUUGGGCCUUCCGUCUCUACGAUGUGGACAAUGAUGGCUAUAUAACCCGCGAGGAGAUGUACAACAUAGUGGAUGCCAUCUACCAAAUGGUGGGUCAGCAGCCGCAGACGGAGGAUGAGAAUACGCCGCAGAAGCGAGUGGACAAGAUCUUCGAUCAGAUGGACAAGAACCAUGACGAUCGCCUGACCCUCGAGGAGUUCCGUGAGGGCAGUAAAGCUGAUCCACGUAUAGUGCAGGCAUUAAGUUUAGGUGGUGAUUAACAACCGCAGGGCCCGUAGUAGUUGUAGUUGUAUGUAGUGGCCUUGGCCAUGGGGCAGGGGGAGCGAUAGCGAUAGGGUGAUACGAGUGAUAUGAGUGAUAUUAGACAACGAAUUCCACGCAAAUUCACAGACGUCAAAAGAAAAGGAUCGAGAGUCGCCCGCCCCCUCACACAGAUACACACACGCACACUCACACACGCUCGCCCGUGUACUAUAUCCCAUAUAUCCCGAUCCCUGGGGUGCAGUUCAUUAAGCCACCCAUCAGAGAUACACGCCAACACGAACAGAGGUUUUGAGUCCUUAAGUGAAAUUCCAACUAAUAGCAAAUUAUAUACGCAUAAAAUAAAAAACAAAACAAACAUAAUAUUUCAAUUAACAACAGCCAAAAGCCGCAUCAGCCGAAUAGAAAAAAAAAAUUGUUAAGCAAAAACCAAAAGUUAUUGCAGAGAAAAGCAAAAACCAAAACCGAAAACAAACACCAAUUGAAGUCAGAGAAGCGCUUUUUGAAAACAUAUUUCGAAUAUAUGAAAAUAUACACAUAUAUAUUUGUGUAUAAUGCCAGAGUAUGGAUAAAUAUAGGUAAUUAAUAAAAAAAAUAAAACAAAAAGCAUACACAAAUUAUUUAUUAGGCAUUUGCUCUAUAUCUUAGGCAUUUUUAUUGAAAUGCUUGCCAGGCGAGGGAGAAACUCAAGUUGACAACUAUCAUUAAGUGCCGAUAGCCAAUUAAUUAGGCCAGUUGACAUAUAUAUUUUUUUUGCAAUAACAAAACAAAAAAAUUGAAAAAUAUUAAACCUAUAAAUGGAUAUACAUUAGGCAGCAGUCGACUAAGCUGACACACCUAUACUUAUUUAUACUUAUCGAAACUAAUUCGCUAAUUGGCUUAAGCGCUUUAAUCACCAAAAAAAGAAAAAAAGGAAAAAUAAAUAAAUAUACACCUCUAUUGUUUUGCUGCGAAAGCUGCUCUAACUGUUGAUAAUCGAACGUGUUGAUAAUCGAUGUUAAACCAAAGCUAAAACCAUAAAAAACACCCAGUCUAUACAGAUAACCAGAAAAGUAGAACUAGAACACACACACAUAUUUGCAUGUGACAAUAUGAUGAAUAAGAUGCUUAAUCCUUUGGCGUUAUGCAUCCUAUUUUUAGAGUAUUGUCCUAGCACUUCAGCAUGCGGCAUGAGUGUUUCUCCAGGUCCUGUUGCCGGUCCCCUCAUUCAUUCAUUGAGCUUGACAAUCAACCUGAUUUUGCUGUGGACCAUCAAAUGGCUCCCUAUCAUCCAACGGAUCAUCCUGUGGCAGACUGGCACCUUCACCAUUUUUGAUAUAACAAUCUUUGAUGUUUCCUUGUGUGUGCAUGAAAAUGGGAAUAUCAAUCGUAUUUUCGAAUUGUUUUUCUUUUGUUCCUACAAACCAGAGCUUGAAACUAUCGUAUUAUAUCGAUAAAUCAGUGGGGGUUACCCCUGUGAUUAAUGCCUUACCGAAAACUAUCUACUAUAAAUGUGAAACUAUCGCCAAAUCAUCGACUCUCUCUCUCUCUCUUCUCUCACCGUCUCUCUCUAUCGCUCCAUCUCUCUCUGAUACACAUGAGUUUAUAUUUUUUUGGUUCUGUAUUUCUUUAAACGAGUCUAAUCACCAUGCUAAAAUAAUUUCUAUAUUUUAUAUGUGGCUCAGCUUUAGAUCGUAAAUAUAAGGAGGAUCCUACUCCAUCUAUCCUUCCUAUACAUCCUUUUUCCUGUUACCUUCCUCCGCUUUCCCUUAAUAAUUCGCAUCAUGAACAUUAGAACUUAAUUUGGAUGUUGCCUCGUAGUUUUGGCCAUAGUUUUCGCUUCUUCAUCCCAAAAAAAAAAA